AUGGCGAGGCAGCCUCCGUGGGAGGGUCUCAGGGGGCCGACGACCCCGUUACUCCUACUUGUUCUCCUCUCUUUGUUCCCUCUCAGUCGGGAGGAGCUGGGGGGCGGCGGGGGCCAAGACUGGGAUCCAGGGGUACCUGCCGCUACGGGGCCAGAAGCGCAGAUAGGCGGUGGAGCCUUAGUUCUUUGUCCCGAGCCGCCUGGGGUCAGAAAGGAUGGAGAGUCUGGUCUUGGAGUCAGAGACCCUGUUUUCGUGGGGUUCCGAGGGAGAAGGCAAAGCGCUCAGAGUGACCGAGGGCUCCCUGAGCAGCCGGACGCAAGGUUGGGGGCGGAAUAUGGGGUCCAGGCAUUAGGCAGUCGCGGGCGAGAUGUUACUGGACAAGGACCAGGGUCUCUGUUAUGCUGGCGCCCAGAGGUCUCCUCUUGCGGGCGUACAGGACCCUUGCGAAGAGAUAGUCUGUCGCCAGAGGCUAUGUCCCCAGGGGUGUUGGGUCCAGAAAACAACUCGCCCUUCCCUUCGGACCUUUUGGUUCGGACUCAUGGUUCCAAACUGAUGUCCUCCCCGAGGAACGCUGGGAGAGGCUUCCCCCAAAAAGUAGGAACCACGCGCUGUUGCGGAGAAUUGUGGGCACCGGGGCGCAGGGGUCAGGGCGAGAGAAUUGCAACGUCCCGAGCAGAGAGGACAGUUUCCCGACCGGACUGUUCUCCUGGGUCUGAAGGAUCUGGCCCCAGGUUUGAUUCAGCACCGCGCAUGGCACGGAUAGCUCCAGCUCCUGGUUCAGCACCACGCGGGUCUCGGACAGCUCCCGAGCCGGCACCUGAGCGCAUGCGCUCCCGCCGUCUCUUCCGCCGCCGCUUCCUCCCGCAGCGCCCCGGGCCGCGCCCCCCGGGGAUCUGGGUACAGCCUGGAGCCUGGAGAAUGCCCCCAGCGAGCCGGGUUCGCCCCCGUCGCGCCGCAAACCGCCACCCUCAGUUUCCACAGUACAACUAUCAGGCUUUAGUGCCGGAGAACGAGGCAGCUGGCACCGCGGUGCUACGCGUAGUGGCACAGGACCCGGACGCGGGAGAGGCCGGGCGCCUAGUCUACUCGCUGGCCGCGCUCAUGAACAGUCGCUCUCUGGAGCUGUUCAGCAUCGAUCCGCAGAGCGGCCUUAUCCGCACAGAGGCUGCUCUGGACCGGGAGAGUAUGGAGCGUCAUUACUUGCGCGUGACAGCACUGGACCACGGCGUGCCGCGCCUCUCUGCCACCACCAUGGUGGCCGUCACAGUAGCCGACCGCAACGACCACGCGCCAGUGUUUGAGCAGGUGCAAUACCGAGAGACUCUUCGCGAGAACGUGGAGGAAGGCUACCCCAUCCUUCAGUUGCGUGCUACAGAUGGCGACGCGCCCCCCAACGCCAACCUGCGUUACCGCUUUGUGGGGCCGCCCGCUGCCCACUCCACUGCUGCCUUUGAGAUUGAUCCACGCUCGGGCCUUAUCAGCACCAGUGGUCGCGUAGACCGCGAGCACAUGGAAAGUUAUGAGUUGGUGGUGGAGGCCAGUGACCAGGGUCAAGAGCCCGGGCCGCGCUCUGCCACCGUGCGUGUGCAUAUAACUGUGCUGGAUGAAAAUGACAACGCCCCCCAGUUCAGCGAGAAGCGUUACGUGGCGCAGGUGCGCGAGGAUGUGCGCCCCCACACGGUGGUACUGCGUGUCACAGCCACCGACAGGGACAAGGAUGCUAAUGGACUUGUGCACUACAACAUCAUCAGCGGCAAUAGCCGUGGUCAUUUUGCCAUCGACAGCCUCACAGGAGAGAUCCAGGUGGUGGCACCACUGGAUUUUGAGGCAGAGCGAGAGUAUGCCUUGAGAAUCCGGGCUCAGGAUGCAGGCCGGCCACCGCUCUCUAAUAAUACAGGCUUGGCCAGCAUCCAAGUGGUGGACAUCAAUGACCAUACUCCUAUUUUUGUGAGCACACCCUUCCAGGUCUCUGUCCUGGAAAAUGCUCCCCUUGGCCACUCCGUCAUCCACAUUCAGGCAGUAGAUGCAGACCAUGGGGAAAAUGCCAGAUUGGAGUACUCCCUGACUGGUGUGGCACCUGAUACACCCUUUGUGAUAAACAGUGCCACUGGUUGGGUCUCUGUCAGUGGUCCCCUGGACCGUGAGUCUGUGGAACAUUACUUCUUUGGUGUAGAGGCUAGAGACCAUGGCUCACCCCCACUCUCAGCCUCAGCCAGUGUCACAGUGACAGUGCUGGAUGUUAAUGACAAUCGACCAGAAUUCACAAUGAAGGAAUACCACCUACGACUGAAUGAGGAUGCGACUGUGGGCACCAGUGUGGUCAGCGUUACUGCUGUAGACCGCGAUGCCAACAGUGCCAUCAGCUACCAGAUCACAGGUGGUAAUACCCGGAAUCGCUUUGCCAUCAGCACCCAGGGGGGUGUGGGUCUCGUGACACUGGCUCUGCCUCUGGACUACAAACAGGAACGCUACUUCAAACUGGUGCUAACUGCAUCUGACCGUGCCCUUCAUGAUCACUGCUAUGUGCACAUCAACAUCACAGAUGCCAACACUCACCGGCCUGUCUUUCAAAGUGCCCAUUACUCAGUGAGUGUGAAUGAGGACCGGCCAGUGGGUAGCACUGUGGUGGUGAUCAGUGCCUCUGAUGAUGACGUGGGUGAAAAUGCUCGUAUCACCUAUCUCCUGGAGGACAACCUGCCCCAGUUCCGCAUUGAUGCAGACUCAGGAGCCAUUACCCUACAGGCCCCACUGGACUAUGAAGACCAGGUGACCUACACAUUGGCUAUUACAGCUCGGGACAAUGGCAUCCCACAGAAGGCAGAUACCACUUAUGUGGAGGUAAUGGUCAAUGACGUAAAUGAUAAUGCGCCACAGUUUGUUGCCUCUCACUACACAGGGCUGGUCUCUGAGGAUGCCCCACCUUUCACCAGUGUCCUGCAGAUCUCAGCCACUGACCGGGAUGCUCAUGCUAAUGGCAGGGUCCAGUAUACUUUCCAGAAUGGGGAAGAUGGGGAUGGAGAUUUCACCAUUGAGCCUACCUCUGGUAUUGUCCGAACAGUGAGGCGACUGGAUCGGGAGGCAGUACCAGUGUAUGAACUGACUGCUUAUGCAGUGGACCGAGGUGUGCCCCCACUGCGCACUCCAGUGAGCAUCCAGGUGACAGUGCAGGAUGUAAAUGACAAUGCACCCAUCUUCCCAGCUGAGGAGUUUGAGGUGCGAGUGAAGGAGAAUAGCAUUGUGGGCUCAGUGGUGGCUCAGAUCACUGCCGUGGACCCUGAUGAAGGCCCUAACGCCCAUAUAAUGUACCAGAUUGUGGAGGGGAACAUCCCUGAGCUGUUCCAAAUGGAUAUCUUCUCUGGAGAGUUGACAGCCCUCAUUGACCUGGACUAUGAGGCUCGCCAGGAAUAUGUAAUUGUGGUACAGGCCACCUCUGCCACUUUGGUUAGUCGAGCCACUGUGCAUGUCCGCUUGGUUGACCAGAAUGACAACAGUCCUGUGCUCAACAACUUCCAGAUCCUCUUCAACAACUAUGUAUCCAACCGAUCAGACACCUUCCCCUCAGGCAUCAUUGGGCGCAUCCCAGCUUAUGACCCUGAUGUCUCUGACCACCUCUUCUACUCAUUUGAGAGAGGCAAUGAAUUGCAGCUGCUGGUGGUUAACCAGACAAGUGGGGAGCUUCGACUCAGCCGCAAGCUAGACAACAAUCGCCCACUGGUGGCUUCCAUGUUGGUGACAGUCACAGAUGGGCUACACAGUGUGACUGCACAGUGUGUGCUACGCGUGGUCAUCAUCACAGAGGAGUUGCUUGCCAAUAGCCUGACGGUGCGCCUGGAGAACAUGUGGCAGGAGCGCUUCCUGUCACCGCUGCUGGGCCACUUUCUGGAAGGUGUGGCCGCGGUACUUGCCACACCCACCGAGGACGUCUUCAUCUUCAACAUCCAGAAUGAUACCGAUGUAGGGGGCACGGUGCUCAAUGUGAGCUUCUCGGCGCUGGCCCCACGCGGGGCCGGGGCCAGCGCCGCUGGCCCCUGGUUCAGUUCUGAGGAGCUGCAGGAGCAGCUGUACGUGCGCCGUGCUGCGCUUGCCGCGCGCUCGCUUCUGGACGUGUUGCCCUUCGACGACAAUGUGUGCCUGCGCGAACCCUGCGAGAACUACAUGAAGUGUGUGUCUGUGCUGCGCUUUGACUCCUCUGCACCCUUCCUGGCCUCAGCCUCCACGCUUUUCCGACCCAUCCAGCCCAUCGCAGGCUUGCGCUGUCGCUGCCCGCCAGGUUUCACUGGAGACUUCUGCGAGACGGAGCUCGACCUCUGCUACUCCAACCCAUGCCGCAAUGGUGGUGCCUGCGCGAGGCGCGAGGGUGGCUACACUUGCGUCUGCCGCCCGCGCUUUACAGGAGAAGACUGCGAGCUGGACACAGAGGCCGGACGCUGCGUGCCCGGUGUCUGCCGCAACGGGGGCACCUGUGCCAAUGCGCCCGAUGGCGGCUUCCGCUGUCAGUGCCCGGCGGGUGGGGCCUUCGAGGGCCCACGCUGCGAGGUGGCCGCACGCUCCUUCCCGCCCAGUUCUUUCGUCAUGUUCCGCGGCCUGCGGCAGCGCUUCCACCUCACACUGUCCCUCUCGUUUGCAACAGUGCAGGCAAGUGGGCUCCUCUUCUACAACGGGCGCCUGAACGAGAAGCAUGACUUCUUGGCCCUGGAGCUGGUUGCCGGGCAAGUGCGGCUCACGUAUUCCACAGGUGAGUCUAACACAGUGGUCAGCCCCACAGUUCCAGGGGGCCUGAGUGAUGGGCAGUGGCACACGGUGCAUCUGAGAUACUACAAUAAGCCCCGGACAGAUGCCCUGGGGGGAGCACAAGGCCCUUCCAAAGACAAGGUGGCUGUGCUGAGCGUGGAUGACUGUGACGUGGCCGUGGCUCUGCAGUUUGGUGCUGAGAUUGGCAACUACUCAUGUGCAGCUGCUGGCAUGCAAACAAGCUCCAAGAAGUCCCUGGACCUGACGGGCCCUCUGCUCCUGGGGGGUGUGCCCAACCUCCCGGAGAACUUCCCCGUGUCCCACAAGGACUUCGUUGGCUGUAUACGGGACCUGCACAUUGAUGGCCGCCGAAUGGACAUGGCGGCUUUCGUUGCAAACAAUGGCACCACGGCAGGCUGCCAGGCCAAACUGCACUUUUGCGACUCAGGCCCCUGCAAGAACAGUGGUUUCUGUUCAGAGCGCUGGGGUGGCUUCAGCUGCGAUUGCCCUGUGGGCUUCGGUGGCAAAGACUGUCGGCUCACCAUGGCUCAUCCCCACCAUUUCCGUGGCAAUGGCACACUGAGUUGGGACUUCGGAAAUGACAUGACUGUGUCUGUCCCAUGGUACCUGGGGCUGGCUUUUCGGACUCGGGCAACACAGGGGGUCCUGAUGCAAGUGAAGGCUGGGUCACACAGCACGCUUCUCUGUCAGUUGGAUCGGGGGUUGCUGUCCGUGACGGUGACCAGGGGUUCAGGCCAUGCUGCUCACCUCCUCCUCAAUCAAGUUCCUGUCAAUGAUGGCCGGUGGCAUGAUCUGCGGCUGGAGUUGCAGGAGGAGCCAGGUGGCCGGCGGGGCCACCAUGUUCUCAUGGUUUCACUGGACUUUAGCCUCUUCCAGGACACCAUGGCAGUGGGGAACGAGCUUCCAGGCCUGAAGGUAAAGCGACUCCACGUGGGAGGCCUGCCUCCCAGCAGUGAAGAGGCUCCUCAGGGUCUGGUUGGUUGUAUCCAGGGGGUAUGGCUCGGCUCUACACCUUCGGGGUCUCCAGCCCUACUGCCCCCCAGCCACCGAGUGAAUGUGGAACCCGGCUGUGUUGUGACUAACGCCUGUGCAUCUGGGCCCUGCCCGCCCCACGCUGACUGCCGAGACCUCUGGCAGACCUUUUCCUGUACCUGCUGGCCAGGUUACUAUGGCCCAGGCUGUGUGGAUGCCUGCCUCUUGAAUCCCUGUCAGAAUCAGGGGUCUUGCCGCCAUCUUCCAGGAGCACCCCAUGGCUACAUCUGUGACUGUGUAGGUGGCUAUUUUGGGCACCACUGUGAACAUAGGAUGGACCAGCAAUGCCCAAGGGGCUGGUGGGGAAGCCCAACCUGUGGCCCCUGCAACUGUGACAUUCACAAGGGCUUUGACCCCAACUGCAACAAGACAAAUGGGCAGUGUCACUGCAAGGAGUUCCACUACCGACCUCGGGGCAGCGACUCAUGCCUGCCAUGUGACUGCUACCCUGUGGGCUCCACCUCGCGUUCAUGUGCACCCCGCAGCGGCCAGUGCCCCUGUCGCCCUGGAGCCCUUGGUCGCCAGUGCAACAGCUGUGACAGUCCUUUCGCAGAGGUGACAGCCAGCGGCUGCCGGGUACUCUAUGAUGCCUGCCCCAAGUCCCUGAGAUCUGGCGUGUGGUGGCCCCAGACCAAGUUUGGCAUCUUGGCCUCAGUGCCCUGUCCUCGUGGGGCCCUGGGAUUGCGGGGUGCAGGGGCUGCUGUACGACUGUGUGACGAGGACCACGGUUGGCUGGAGCCCGACCUCUUCAAUUGUACCUCCCCUGCCUUUCGAGAACUUAAUCUGCUGCUGGAUGGUCUAGAGCUGAACAAGACAGCACUAGACACAAUAGAGGCCAAGAAGCUGGCUCAGAGGCUGCGGGAGGUGACUAGCCACACUGACCACUACUUUAGCCAAGAUAUCCGAGUCACUGCCCGCCUCCUGGCUCACCUGUUGGCCUUUGAGAGUCAUCAGCAGGGCUUCGGGUUGACAGCCACACAGGACGCCCACUUCAACGAGAAUCUGCUGUGGGCUGGUUCUGCCCUGCUUGCUCCAGAGACUGGGGACUUGUGGGCAGCACUGGGGCAGCGGGCCCUGGGUGACUCCCCAGGCAGCGCAGGCUUAGUGCAGCAUCUGGAGGAAUAUGCAGCCACCCUCGCCAAGAACAUGGAACUCACAUACCUGAAUCCUGUGGGGCUGGUGACACCCAAUAUCAUGCUCAGCAUCGACCGUAUGGAACACCCCAAUCCAACCAGGGGGACCCGUCGCUACCCUCGUUACCACAGCAAUCUUUUCCGGGGUCAGGAUGCCUGGGAUCCCCACACACACGUGCUGCUACCAUCUCAGUACCCACAGCCAUUCCCGCCUGAAGUUCUGUCCACAAGCAGCAGCAGCACAGAAAACUCCACCUUCUCAAGCCUGGCGCCCCCACUGGAGCCCGAGCCUGAGCCUGGUAUCUCCGUGGUCAUCCUCCUGGUUUAUCGUACCUUGGGAGGACUGCUCCCCGCCCAGUUCCAGGCUGAGCGCCGGGGCGCCAGGCUUCCGCAGAACCCUGUUAUGAACUCCCCGGUGGUCAGCGUGGCUGUCUUCCAUGGGCGCAACUUCCUGAGCGGUGUCCUGGAGUCCCCGAUCAGCCUUGAGUUCCGCCUGCUACAGACGGCCAAUCGGAGCAAGGCGAUCUGCGUGCAGUGGGACCCGCCUGGCGCGAUGAACCAGCAUGGCACAUGGACGGCUCGGGACUGCGAACUGGUGCACAGGAACGGGUCCCAUGCACGCUGUCGCUGCAGCAGAACAGGCACCUUUGGGGUCCUCAUGGAUGCUUCUCCCCGAGAGCGGCUGGAGGGCGACCUGGAGCUGCUGGCUGUGUUCACCCAUGUGGCGGUGGCAGUGUCUGUGGCCGCGCUGCUGCUGACCGCGGCUGUCCUGCUCAGCCUGCGCAGCCUCAAGUCCAACAUGCGCGGGAUACACGCCAAUGUGGCAGCCGCCCUGGGGGUCGCGGAGCUCCUCUUCCUGCUGGGCAUCCACAGGACCCACAACCAGCUGGUGUGCACUGCGGUGGCCAUUCUCCUGCACUACUUCUUCCUCUGCACCUUCGCAUGGCUCCUCGUGCAGGGGCUGCACCUCUACCGCAUGCAGGUGGAACCCCGCAACGUGGACCGCGGUGCCAUGCGCUUCUACCACGCUCUGGGCUGGGGCGUGCCUGCUGUGCUGCUGGGCCUUGCUGUCGGGCUGGAUCCUGAGGGCUAUGGGAACCCUGACUUCUGCUGGAUCUCGGUCCACGAACCCCUCAUCUGGAGCUUUGCAGGCCCUGUAGUCCUUGUCAUCUUGAUGAAUGGGACCAUGUUUCUCCUCGCUGCCCGCAUUUCCUGCUCCACUGGGCAGAGGGAGGCGAAGAAGACCUCUGUGCUCAGGACCCUUCGCAGCUCCUUCCUGCUCCUGCUGCUGGUCAGUGCCUCUUGGCUCUUUGGCCUCCUGGCAGUCAACCACAGCAUCCUGGCCUUCCACUACCUCCAUGCUGGACUCAGUGGGCUCCAGGGCCUGGCGGUGCUGCUGUUCUUCUGCAUCCUGAAUGCAGAUGCUCGGGCGGCCUGGACACCAACCUGUCUAGGCAGGAAGGCUGCGCCUGAGGAGACCAGGCCAGCACCUGGGACGGGCCCUGGUGCUUACAACAACACGGCCCUCUUUGAGGAGAGUGGCCUCAUCCGAAUCACUCUUGGUGCCUCCACUGUAUCCUCAGUGAGCAGUGCCCGCUCUGGCCGGACCCAGGACCAAGACAGCCAGCGGGGCCGCGGCUACCUCAGGGACAAUGUCCUGGUUCGACAUGGUUCAACUGCCGACCACACUGACCACAGCCUCCAGGCUCAUGCCGGCCCCACUGACCUGGAUGUGGCCAUGUUCCAUCGAGAUGCUGGUGGAGGUGCAGACUCUGACUCUGACAGUGACCUGUCCUUGGAGGAGGAGGAGAAAAGUCUGUCCAUCCCAUCUUCAGAAAGUGAGGAUAACGGCCGGACGCGAGGACGUUUCCAGCGUCCCCUUCACCGGGCAGCCCAGAGUGAGAGGCUCCUCACCCACCCCAAAGAUGUGGAUGGCAAUGACCUCCUGUCCUACUGGCCAGCCUUAGGGGAAUGCGAGGCAGCUCCCUGUGCUCUGCAGACCUGGGGCUCCGAAAGGCGCCUGGGGCUGGACACCAGCAAGGACGCAGCCAACAACAACCAGCCAGAUCUGGCUCUGACCAGUGGAGAUGAGACCUCCCUGGGUCGGACCCAGCGCCAGAGGAAAGGCAUUCUGAAGAACCGGUUACAGUACCCACUGGUGCCACAGCCACGAGGCACCCCUGAGUUGUCCUGGUGCCGUGCGGCCACCUUGGGCCACCGUGCUGUGCCAGCUGCCUCCUAUGGUCGCAUCUAUGCCGGAGGGGGCACAGGCAGCCUUUCUCAGCCUGCCAGCCGCUACUCUUCCCGAGAACAACUGGACCUGCUCCUCCGGCGGCAGCUCAGUCGUGAGCGACUGGAGGAGGCCCCUGCCCCAGCUCUGCGUCCCCUGAGUCGACCGGGUUCUCAGGAGCGCCUGGAUGCUGUGCCAGGCCACCUGGCGCCCAGGGGUCGGGGCAGCACCCUGCCGCGGAGGCAGCCGCCCAGGGGCCACCCUGGGGCCACGGCUGGCCGGUUCAGAUCCCGGGAUGCAUUGGACCUAGGGGCACCCUGCGAGUGGUUGAGCACACUGCCCCCACCCCACAGUGCCCGGGACGUUGACCCACAACCCCCACCUCUACCCCUGUCUCCCCAGAGGCAACUCUCAAGGGACCCCCUUUUGCCAUCCCGGCCCCUGGACUCCCUGUCCAGGAAAUGGAACUCAGGGGAGCGACUAGACCAUGUACCUAGCCGGCACCCUUCACGAGAAGGCCUCGGGCCAUCCCCACAGCUGCUCCUUGCGAGGGGGGACCCAGCCAGUGGCCCUAGCCACGGCCCCUCCACAGAGCAACUGGACAUUCUCUCCUCUAUCCUCGCCUCCUUCAACUCCUCGGCUCUCUCCUCCUCUGUGCAGUCCUCAAGCACGCCCUCUGGCCCUCACACCACUGCCACGCCUUCUGCCACAGCCUCUGCACUUGGUCCUUCCACACCGCGCUCUGCCACAUCCCACAGUAUCUCGGAGCUGUCACCAGACUCAGAAGUUCCCAGAAGUGAGGGUCACUCCUGAGAGACAGACAUGGACGGGGAGCAGCCGAGGGCAAUGGAGGAUUUGGGCAAACAGAAGAGACUCCAGGAGUCAGGGGCUGAUCCCUGGGCAGCCUCUUCUCAUCCCCAGCUCUCCCUGUUGCUGCAGCGCUGAGGUUCCAUGCUUGUCUGUGAGCAUGUGAGCAUGUGUGAGGCAGGUACAGGGCAGGCAACUGAGGGGAGGACUUUUAUACCUUUUGUACCUUUGUAACCAGAGAGAUAUGCUUAUGUUAUUUUUCAGCUUUUCUGUCUCCCGGGGUUCUGAGGCUGGGCUGGGAGGGGGAGGGGAACAGAGGGAGAAAGAUGCAGUUUGGCCCCAUUUGGGUCCUUGGCAAACGGUAUAUUUUUUCUCACAUCACACUGGGGUGGAUCAGAGGAGGGGCAAAUCCCUCCACACCCCCGCCACUGGCCUGAAUAUUGUCAGGACCCAACGUGCAGAAUUGAUCUUUGCUUAUUCGUAGAUGCCCCAGGGCCAAACUUUUGGGGCUGGGCAUUGGUCUUGGAAACAGGGCUCCUCUGACCACCUCUCAGGGGCUCGCUCAUGCCACCCCUCCCCGUGGAUGUGGAUGUUUAUCACGUGGAGUCCCUGCCACUUACUGCCUUAUAACCUAGGACUGAUGCUGUGGGUGCUGGCGGAGCAGCAGAUGUCAUGUUUACAGAGCAAGGCUUCCCUUUCUCCCACGGGGAGGGGUGUAGGCCUCUAUUCAGACAUUCCUGCCACAGUAGAUGAAGGGAUCACUUGGCAUCCCUGGCCCUGUGGUGAGCAGAAGUUGUCUGUGGUGCCAUUUGAUUCCUUGACAUUGCCCCUUGCAGAGCUUAUUCUGAAGGGUAGGGUAGGAAGGUGAGCAAAGGAAGCAGAAAGAAGGGAAUUAAAGACACAGAAUGUAGGUGCCACCGCCUCCCGUGUUUACAGGAACCUCCUCCCCAGCCCUGGGCACCUGGGCUGUAGGAAGUAACUCACUCCCACCCUACUUUACUCCCUUCUGAAGGGAAAAGUGACUGUUAGGACCCUGUUCACAAAACUCUCACUUUUAUUACUUUGUCUGAUGUCCAGAACUGGGGACUUUUGUGUUACUUUGUUUACAAGUCAAGAUUUAAGCAUUUUAAAACUUUGUUUACAAUUUAGAACUUUUAUACUUUGUUUACAGUUAAGAAUGUUUUUUCUCCUUUGUUUACUAGCGAAAUAUAAAGUGGGAGAGGGGCUUGGAAACCCACCUGUGAGAACCGGGGACCUGGUCACCUUGAGUGGGUUUUUAACCCCUAGCUCUCCUAGGCCAAAGGUCAGCGCUGAGUCCCUGUGAACAGCACACCCAGAAGGCCUUGAGAGUAGACACCCUCUUACUACUGGGAACAGUGGAUGUGCAGGGUUGUAUGUGUGUGUGUGUGUGCAUUGGGGAGGGGGGUUUAUGCAGCCACCUCCCUCCUGUCGUACUCUUGGGAGGCAGUUUCCAAGGAGAUUAAAAAUUCUACUUGUCUGACUGGUGCCAAAUCCCACCAGCCAGGACCCCAGCUCUACUUACCCACAUGACCCCAACCCUUGAAGGUUUGAGGAUCUGUGUGGGAAGAGGGGGUUGUCCUUGCUAUGUCCUAGGUUCUAUAGAUGUUCUCUCUGGGGGUCUCCCCCCUCCAGCCUAGUGGCCCCUUUACCUGUCUGUGUAAAUUGUUCCGUGAAGCCGCGCUCUGUUUUGGGAAUAAACUUCUAUAGAAAAUG